GGGAGUGCGCAGUGCCAAGCCGGGCCAGCAGCAGCAGCCGACGCAUCAUCACACGUACUUUACGCACACUGGAUGAAGGGAGGCAGAGACCCGGUCGAGGAUGAUGCUUACACCGGCUCAGAAGGGCUUUCUCUCGGGGUUUAUUUACCAGGUGGCAGCGGUUUGGUCGCCGGUCCUGUUGUAAAAUGCACUGGAGCAGCGCGGGUGUGCUGGUCGGCCUAGCUGAUCUCGGCUGCUCGGCUUCGCCUCUCCCAUUUUUAUUCUAGUACUUUUUUAUUGUAGCGUUAUUAUUUCCAGGUCAAAAUCUCAGUUUCCUGUGCGGCUUGUUUGUACUAAAAAUGGCCGGAGAUGGCGGCGCUCUGAAGGAUAUCAAUGAGAUUAAAUCCCAGUUCCGGACCAGAGAGGGCUUCUACAAGCUGCUCACCCUCUCGGACUCGCAGCAGCGGGGCGGGCUGCCGCGGGGUCCGUCCGCCGGAGCCACGCUGGGCCCUGGGGCUGGACCCGGUCCGAUACCCGGUGGAGGGGUCGGGCUGCUGCAGGGGCCCGGGGCUGCCGCCGCCGCUGCUGCCGCCGCCGCCGCCUCCUCCUCUUCCAAUGCCGCAGCCAACUCCUCUCCAGCGGGCUUCCUGCCGCCGGUCCGGGUCUCUAUGGUCAAGCUGCAGCCCGAGGACCCGAGCGAGGAGUCGGAGCGGGUGUGCUUCAACAUCGGCAGGGAGCUCUAUUUUUACACGUACACCAACAUCAAGAAGGCUGUCGACCUCAGUAAGCCCAUAGACAAGAGGAUCUACAAGGGGACUCAGCCAACAUGUCACGACUUCAACCAGUACUCAGCCACAGCGGAGAGUGUAGCUCUCAUUGUGGGUUUCUCAGCCGGACAGGUCCAGUAUCUCGACCCCAUCAAGAAGGAAACCAGUAAACUCUUCAAUGAGGAGAGGUUGAUAGACAAAUCCAAGGUGACGUGUCUAAAAUGGCUUCCCAAGUCAGAGAACCUAUUCCUGGCCUCCCAUGCCAGCGGCCACCUCUACCUCUACAACGUGGACCACCCGUGUGGCACCACAGCCCCGCAGUACUCUCUGCUGCGGCAGGGAGAAGGUUUUGCCGUCUACGCCUGCAAAACCAAGACGCCACGCAACCCGUUGUUAAGGUGGGCCGUUGGUGACGGAGGCCUCAACGAGUUUGCUUUCUCCCCUGAUGGCAUGCAAGUGGCGUGUGUGGGCCAGGAUGGCUGCCUGCGCGUUUUCCACUUUGACUCAAUGGAGCUGCAGGGGGUGAUGAAGAGCUACUUCGGCGGGCUGCUGUGCGUGUCGUGGAGCCCAGAUGGGAAAUAUCUUGCCACAGGUGGAGAGGAUGACCUUGUCACCGUCUGGUCAUUUGCGGAAAGCCGUGUGGUUGCAAGAGGUCAUGGCCACAAGUCUUGGGUCAAUGUGGUGGCGUUUGACCCCUUCACGACUUCCCUGGAAGAUGAGGAGCCUAUGGAGCUCAGUGGCAGCGAGGAGGACCUCCACCAGGGAGCACCAAACAACUCCAUGCACUUCGGCCGGGUCCGAACAAGCAGCACGUUGUCGCGUCUUUCUCGGCACAGCUCUAAAGGUGGCGGUUCGGCAGCAGUCACAUAUCGGUUUGGCUCUGUGGGGCAGGACACCCAGUUCUGUCUGUGGGACUUGACGGAUGAUGUGUUAUACCCACGCAUGCCGCUGUCCCGCGCCUUUACUAACACUUUUGGGCCCUCGCUGUCCAACUCUGGCAGCGGGGUUGUCAACAGCACUUCAGGUGGGGGAGGAAGUGGAGCAGUUGAGGGGCACCAUCACCCGCCUAACACUAACACCGGCACCACCAACCCACCAACGCUCCCAUUACCGCUUCCUCGCUCCCUUUCUCGCUCCAACUCUCUGCCCCACCCUGCCGUGGCAAAUGCCUCCAAGGGCCAAGGUGCCUCGGAGGGCGGCGGGGGAGGUGGAGGGGGAGGAGGGACCAGCGGCGGAGGAAACAGCACCCCAUUCAGCAUCGGCCGCUUUGCCACGCUGUCACUACAGGAGCGCAAGUCGGACAAGUCCGGUUGCAGUGGUGGGGUGGAGAAGGAGCACAAGAGGUACCACAGCCUGGGCAACAUCAGCAAAAGCAACGACAAGAUCAACGUGGCGCCGAGGAGCAACCGACUGGACGCUGCCAAGGUCCUGGGCACCACGCUGUGCCCACGCAUGCACGAGGUGCCGCUGCUGGAGCCGCUGGUGUGCAAGAAGAUUGCACAUGAGAGGCUGACCGUCCUGGUGUUCAUGGACGACUGCAUCAUCACAGCAUGCCAGGAAGGUCUCAUCUGCACCUGGGCACGGCCUGGGAAGGCGAACUUGACAGCACAGAACGGGAACUCUCCGAGCGGCACGGUGGUAUAGCUGGGGGAGAAGCUUUGCACUCAUCCACUCAUCAUUUCAAAUUAGGGGCCAACAACCAGAGACCGCACCCUACCUACCACUGCAGUAUUAUACCAUCAGUAUAACCCUCUGUACCCACCACCACCACCCAAACCCUGCUCCCUUCUGAUUUCACUCUCAGGGUGGCCAGUUUGGUGGGAAACACUUCCUGAAUCAUCAAACUAACAUUACUUCAUCAGAUUUAUAGACUUCAGAAGCUAGCUGGCAGCUGUGGGAACAACUACAAACGCUUGAAUGUAGCAAAGAUGCUAGCUAGCUAGCUAUCAGCUAGUUAGCCAUUAGCUCUGCUUAGACUAGGUUCUGGUAGCUAGCACGACAUGGCCAAAAGUAUGUGGACACCCCUUAAGUCGGGGUUUUUAUUGUUUGGGUGAAGCCCCUUUGGUCGUUUUUUCAUUACCAUAGCGAUGUCAUUUGGAAUAAAGUCGCAGCAUAACCAAUUACCGGUCCCUCCAGGAUGUUGUGAUGUUGCGCUGCAACAACUACAGCAAAUUCAGCCCCGUUCUCUUUCUUUCUCUUUCAUAUCUGGGACAGAGUCACACUCACACAGUGACACAGCUAACAUCACCCAAACGAGUCAGGUUGUUUUGGUGUUGGUGUGAGUUUGUUUGGACCGUUUAAUGGCUCGGUGUUGGACGUUAGCUGCUGCUGAUGUGUUAGCUUGUGCUAACCAGUCAGAGAGAUCAGGAGGAGAGAGGUUCAAGGAGACGGGCCUUCAGUAACAGCUGAUAGACAGCAGUUGGCUGUCAGUAUCGCAACUAUUUAUGCAAUUUUAACUUGUCCCUGUGAUUUCAGAAUUUUUUUUUAUAAAAGAACAUAAAAACAUCACAAUUUAAUAGAAAAGCUGCUGUGAUCCCCGAAAUAGCCUGCGAAAUUUUAGAGGGAGUAAAUUACAUAGGGUGUAGGGUCUAUUUUGUCUGAUACGCACCAUGCUGUUAACUCUGAUUGGUCAGAAUCUGCACGCAUGCCAGAGAAGUUUAUAAGACUAGUGCUGCCGUACUGCUAUGCAUGAUUGAAAGAGGAAAGUGAAUUUUUGAGAGAAACUGGUGCCUAAAAACAAUAGCACGUCAGCCAUCUGGCAAUAAUUUUGAUACAAGAGAGAUGAUGUGGCACAAGCACGGCAACUGUGCAAGUCUGAGUCAAGGACUGAGUCCACUUAAAUAUCUGUUCAUUUAUUGCAAGUGAUAUUACAAUAUUCAACAGUGUUGACAGACAUUUUCCUCAGAUUGUACAGCCCUACAGGAUACAGUUAUAUUUAAGACAACAGUAUAUUUUAGACAUUUGGGAUUAUAGGUUUUAAAAAUCUGGUGGGAAGCCGCCUUAGAGGAGUAGAAGCUUAUCAUAGCAGCAGAUUAAUGCUCAAGAUUUUGGAAUAACAUGUUCAAUAAUCACAUAUAGGUGUAAUGUUGUGUCCACAUACCUUUGGCCAUAUAAUGUAGUUAAAACUUUGAUUCUUAUCUACCCCACAAAGGCAACAGUAGUAAUUAUUUUAGCGUUUUUUUUUUUUCCUGUUAAAAUUUAGAUCCACAGAUUCUACUGCAAUUCAGUACUAUUAUCUACACAUCAAGUACAAAGAUGAAGUGUUUUUUCUAAGCAACUAAAUAGACAUAAAUGGCAUCCUGAUUAAACAGACAACCCCAAUUCCCAAAAAGUAGGGACUCUGUGUACAACGGAAAUAAAAACAGGAUGUAAUGACCUGCAAAUCCUUUUUGACCUUUAUUCAAUUAAAUACAGUACAAAGACAAGUUCUUUAAUGUUCAAACUG